AAUACACGGUGUUGUCCACAGGCGAUGGUGGCGUGCUACCCCGGCUCCGGCAGCCACUACGUGAAGCACGUGGACAACCCCAACAAGGACGGCAGGUGCAUCACCGCGAUCUAUUACUUGAAUCUGGACUGGGACGUCAAGAGGUGCGGCGGGCUGCUCAGGGUGUUCCCUGAAGACACUAACCAGGUGGCCGACAUAGCGCCGAUCUUCGACAGGAUGCUGUUCUUCUGGUCAGACAGGCGGAACCCGCAUGAAGUCCAGCCCGCCUACAGCACGAGAUACGCCAUCACCCUAUGGUAUUUUGAUGCACAGGAAAGGGAAAAGGCGUUGAGAAACUACAAAAAACGCGGGCAGCCGUCGUCAAGCAAGUGAUGCACGUGACGUCACGUGGCUUGCAUGGCCCGGAUCCAAGCCGCCACGGCCCUAAUCCAAGCCGCUGCAGUCCCGGUCGAAGCCGCCGCGACCACGCAGCGAUACGAAGCAAUCAGUCCUAGAACUAGUAAAGUCAAAAGAUAAUAUCUCACAGCGCGAUGUUUUCCAAAUUUGUAUAAAAUUUUUGUAAGCAUAUUUUAUCAAUCAUAAUCCAAUAACUAAGGCGAUGGCGGUUGGUAUUUGUAUCAAUAAAUGAGGUCACGUCGUCUAAAAAAAUACAUAAAACAAUUUCAACCUUAUGUAACGAACUCAAGAUUUCAUUUCCCGAAUAGUCAAAACUUACUUCGGUCAAUUAAAGCUAUAUUUAUAGAUGUUAAUAGAUUUUGAUACUAAUUCUAAACACAACUACACAGCCCUCAUCUGCCAAUUAAUUACUGUUAUUAAAAAUACUUGAUAUAGCUCAAGUUUAAUCUAAUUUUUUGCAAUGAAUUGACAAAUUUAUUAGUCUCAUAAGGAUCAUAAUAUGUGUGGCCAAAAUGGGAACUAACAUAGAUCAAGUUGAUGAUUCCUAUUGGUCAAUACAAGAACUUUGACUACAGCGCCCUCUUUUAUGUCAUUCGUAUUUCACGAUCCUUUUUUGACUAUUUCCUGACGUCAAUGUUUUAUUUUUAUUUUAAUCCAAACUCAAUUUGUAUUUAUAUUUUUAAGCCUGAAUAGUAUUAUACCGUUAUAUCACACUACUAGAUUAUGUUCUGUCUGGUUAGUUAAUGUUACGCCUUUUGUUGGUGCUUUUUGUGAACAUGGAUUUAUCAAAAUCAAUAGAAAAGAAAAUCAUUCUAAUUAGUAAGGUACAUCAUGUCAAUCUGAACCUUAUUUAAAUAAGCAAUAUGAAAUGAAAAUGCAUGUCAAAAAUACAAGCACCAAUUAUUAAGCAAGGUGUAUACUUGCAUUGUAACAAGCCAUAUAAACCUACACUUUAGUUCGUUUUUACUUUGAAGAAGUGAAGUCCAAAUAAUGUUAUGAAAUGUAACUUAUAACUCGCAUUUUAUAUCCAUAUAGCUUAAAAAGCGUGAUUAUGUUUUUUUUUAUUAUCUACUUAAUGGUUGUUUGCGUGGAUAACCUCAAAUAGACAGUGGCUUUACCCGACGUGAGAACCUGGAUGGACCUAAAGUUUCUUAAUUUUCUGUUUCGCUUAUAUGAUACUAAAAACGGUCCUCCGAGGUUCCUAUUUGGGCGAGGCUCCAGGCGUAUACCCCUAAAAUAGCCUCUGCAAAUAAAAGUCAUUCAGUCAGAGUAUGGAAUAUUUUGUGAUUUGAAGCGGCAUCAUAGUAGCUCCGUUUUAGAAUCCGAGAUUUUUCUGCAGUUUUGGUUAAUAAUUUUGCUGGCAGUGUCUAUUAGAGGUAACCUUUUGGUUUGUCAUCGCAUCAAUGCAGUGAACAGUGAGAAUGGUUUAAGACUGAAUACUAUUCGAAACGUGUAUAUGAGAUUCAUCGACAUGUACAUUAUUAUUAUAAUUUAUUUAUCUACUUUGUAUUUCACACCGUUUUGUAUAUAUAAUGGGAAAGAAAUUAUGGUUGAGGAUUUUCUAUCUUAUCAUGUUUGAGUAAAGGCGAUGUCAUUUGUUACUUCGAAUAUUAUGAGAGAAAUGCUUUCGAACUAUCUACGAGCUAUCAAAUUAUUCGCUUUCUUAUUAAACCUCUAUUUUAUAUAUAAGGCAUGUAAUGCAUUAUAAUUAUACUAUAUUUAAUAUUAUUUCUCAUAAUAUUUCGAGAGAGACGUCAUUUGUUAAAUAUACUGCCACUUUGUCAUUUCCCGCCUUUUUAUACGUCAAAGUCCAUGAUGUACUCACAGCUUAGAGUUGUGUAGGACAUGACAUAAAAAAGAGUUUGUAAGAGUAGCCUCUUUUUAGCAUUGAGCCGGUACAACGUCCUACUUCAAAUGAGGCGAGGCGUAGUGAGGCUCGGCGCUUCAAUGCGUAUCUUACAGUAUUUUGUAAUGUUAACCCUCAAAAUGUUUCCCUCUCGCUCGCGACUUGAAACGCAGUAACUUAAUGCCCAUUGUAAAAUAACGUCCUACUGUAAUUUGUAGCAUGCGGUUCUCUACCUCACUGUCCUCGUCCUACAGUUUAUCAGAGACGAAGAAUAAGUAAUGCGACUGCCGCGACAUAAAAUUUGAAGUAGUACAAUAUAUAAUUUUGAGCCACUCUUACAUUUUGACGUCAUGUCCCGGACAAAUGUACCGCCUCUUGUAUGUCCUACUCAACAUUAUCACAGCUUGACAUUUCCUGUGUAGAAAGUCACAAAUCUCAAACGUUUUUAAACGACUGAUUGGAAAUAUAAAAUAAUUACCUCAAACGAGAAAUAAAAUACAAAUUGGUGUAAAUAAGUGUAACUGAGCGAAAUACUUACCGCGAAGUGGAGUGUAAAAAGUAUAUAGUAUUGAAUUUUAUACAGUUAGAUAUAAUUAAAUUAAGCAUACAUCUGUCGUAUUUUAAUUAGUAUCGUAAGUAUAAAGGAUUGUGUAAAAAUAAUACUUUUAACUUGUGUGAUGUUACUUGUUAAUUAUGAUUUUGUAUUUGCAACGUUUGUAGUUCUGUCCGUUUUAAUAUUUAGACCAAAAUUGUUUUGUUUGCGGCGCAUUAUAGGACAGAGCCUCGUAUUAAAGUUUACAUUUGAAA